UCCGUCAUUCUAGCGAAAGACAGAAUCACCACGAUCGCAUCAAUCGAUUUUAUUAAAACGAUAAUGUAAUUUAUAAUGUUACCAUAGACAUAUAAUAAUUUAUGAUAAAUAUACACGGUGGAUAAUGUGAAUAUGACUGAAGUCCAUCCGCUACAGGUGCGCGAUGGUCGUAGAUUUUCUGCCCCACCAUUUUAGUUGAACUGUGGACGUGGAGAUGCAAAGACGUGCGUAUGGCUGCGGAGCAUCACCUAACCACGCGCCGUGGGAAAACUAAAAAAGUGUUUGUAAUGCAUCACGAUUAGCAGUGUUGAUAAAUUAAACGGGUGAUUUUUCUCUUUAUAAAAUAUAAUGAUAAAAUCGUAAGUGAUGAGUGCUUGCAAAUUAUUAUCAAACUGAUAAGAUUAAGACGCUUCGUGUGAUAAUUAAAAUUGAAAUUUAAUUAAUUUGUGCUGUAAAUAGUUGUUGAAAUAAUAUAAAUGGACUUAAGUGAACUCAUGGACGUAGACAUAAAGUCUUGUGUCUUUAAAAAGAACUGCUGAGGUGUGCUUUGGAAAUGUAAAUGAGCGGCUCAGCAAAACCUAAUUGGAAUUCUUCUACACCAAUCAACGGCACUAAUGAAGCAAUCCGCGGGCAGGAUAUUGAACUAGCAGCCACUCCAAUCGCCUUCGAAGUGCAAUAAAACAAAACAACCACACCAAUUUAAACCAAAGAUUCAGUACAAACGAAAACAAACUGUAUUACUAUAGCGGAAAGAAAAAGCCGAAACCUAAUUGUGUGUACCAAUGGCUAUUCUGGGAAUAGGGAAGACGAUCCAAGCAAUAUGUCAAUUAGAACUGCUUCACAAUAAUAAUUAUUGCAAAAGGUUACAGUUUUCGAAGAACAGAAAACUAUAUGACAAGGUCGUUUUUCAGACCUGACUCGGAAAAUCGUGGCGUUUCUCACCAGGGUGCAUCAAGUGCGAAAUAUACAAAAAGAGAAUAAAAUCAAAUCCAAUGUAUGGCACAGUCAAAUACGCGAACAAAAUAAUCGUCACCCCAUCAAGGGUUUCGUAUGGCGACUCAAACUCAUAACUUCCACUGUUCACUGCCCAACUUUGUUGCUUUACCUUCGCAUCUUCUCAUACUGGUAUUUUUAGCGUCACAGACGGACGUAGCAUUCGCUUCUGUAGAAUUGAACGACUCUUUAAGCUCAGAGUUAAACUACACAAACAUUAAUUCGACUGCCAACUGGACAUUCUUCGACUACAAUUCCACAAACACUGUUAGACUUAGUAUUCAACCGAGCAAGUAUUCGACACCUGUAACCAUUCUACUUUUCAUAGUAUUCCUGAUCGUCAUAAUAGGGACAAUUGUUGGCAACAUUCUUGUAUGCAUUGCCGUUUGCUUAGUGAGGAAACUAAGAAGACCUAGUAACUAUCUCAUCGUAUCGUUGGCAGUAAGCGAUCUCUGCGUAGCCAUAAUCGUUAUGCCAAUAGCAAUGCUGUACGACUUAUUCGGAACUUGGCCUUUGGGACCAGUCAUCUGUGACUUCUGGGUGUCAAGUGACGUCUUGUCAUGCGCAGCCAGCAUCCUAAAUCUCUGCAUGAUAUCCGUCGAUCGAUACUACGCUAUCACCAAACCUUUAGAAUAUGGUGUCAAAAGGACACCAAAGAGAAUGUUUUUUUGUGUCUUCAUAGUAUGGAUGAGUGCUGCUUUCAUAUCUCUACCGCCUGUUCUAAUAUUGGGUAAUGAGAAGACUGAAACUACAUGUUCUGUAUCGCAAAAUAAGGUGUACCAAAUAUACGCGACGCUUGGAUCGUUUUACAUACCGCUGACUGUGAUGGUGGUGGUAUAUUACAAGAUAUUUAGCGCAGCCAGAAAGAUUGUGAAGGAUGAGAAGCGAGCUCAAUCACAUUUGGAGACGCACUGCUAUCUUGAGAUCAACGUGAAAAAUGGCGGUGCAGCAGAGGCAAGACUUCUUGGCACGCAACCGGCUCAACCACCUCCCCGAGGGUCAACUACUAGUACCAAUACAACUAUUAGUGUUGAAAAAACAGAAAGCACCAUAGGGAGGUGUUUCAGUGGGCAACGUAAAUCCAACGAGUCUCAAUGUCCGAUGCUGGCUCAGAAAACUCCCACUAAACCGAUUCACACAAUCAACCGCUCCACAUCCCAAGUUGGUCAUACACCAGACAAUAAUAAAUCUCUCCAAAUCAAAGACAAGCGGAGACAGUCGUCCGAAAGUAGCAACAAGCUAACGGCGAACAGAAUCCGUUCAUCUUUAUCAAGUUUUGCUCAUAAAAGUCACAUUGCCAAAGAUUUACUUCACCCAACUCAUUCACCACAUCAGAAGAAGUUGCGGUUCCAACUCGCGAAAGAGAGAAAAGCUUCUACAACGCUCGGUAUCAUCAUGUCAGCAUUCGUCAUUUGCUGGCUACCUUUCUUUGUCCUCGCAUUAGUGAGGCCUUUUGUCGAAGAAGGAACCAUACCUGACGCAGUCAGCGCCCUAUUCCUGUGGCUAGGCUACGUUAACAGCUUACUUAAUCCCAUCAUUUAUGCCACACUAAACAGGGACUUCAGGAAACCAUUUCAGGAGAUACUUUUCUUUAGGUGCUCUAAUCUUAACCAUAUGAUGCGUGAGGAGUUCUACCAUAGCCAGUACGGCGACCCUGAUCAGCAUUACUGCGUAAAUAACACUUCUAAAGUGCACAACUACGAUGAAGGAGUUGAAAUCGUGUCAGCACUCGAACGGGACGAGACGAGAGCAUCUGAAAGUUUCCUAUGAUUGUCAAUGCUUGAGGUCGAUGCAAGAGACCGAGAUUCUGUGAUCUAAUUAAGACUUUAUUAAUUAUAAAUAUAUCACGGUCUAACUGUGUUAGUUUUCUUACUUUGUUCUAUUGUUUUUUAAUAUAACUUUUUUAUCGUUAUAAGCUAUUCUGAUCCGACUAGUCGUUGCUGUUUGUAAAUGUUUAUUCCUCAGAGUUCUUAUUGUUUUUACGAUAUUAUUGAAAUUUAAAUGAUGUCUGCAGCACUAAAUUGUAGAACAAUAGUAUUUAAAUGUUAAGAUAACUUGGAAUCGCUGAAAAAUGUUUACGGAAUGACCAAAGAGAUGUUAAACUUUAGUGAAAAAAUACAUUAAUUUAUAGGCUGUUGUGAAUUUAGUAACUAUAGUAUUAAUAAUGUAUUAGGUAUUUUACCUGAAUGUUGUAAAUAUGACAUUGCAAAUAGAUUUUGUAAGUAAAUAUUUUUAAUCCAUGUGAUAGUAGAUUUAUAUUUCAGUUUUUAUAUUGUCUUUCCCCCUUUUUUUGAAUUUAUAGUUACCUGAUGACCUGGGCCUACAUUCUGCAAAAUUUUCACGCGCGGAUCCGAUGCGGUUCCGCGCCAAUCUAUAUGGGAAAUUCGCGGAUCUUCAUCGGAUCCGCCCGUGAAAAUUUCACAGAAUAGCACUGCUGGAAGUGUUUUAAUUUAUCGUGUGUGUAAAUAUUUAUCGUAUAUUUAUUAAUAUUGUGUAUAUUGUUAUUAAUUCCAAAUAUUGUGUACUACCGUAUUUGUAUAUUAAGAACAACAAAUAAUUGUAUGUAGGUGUAAAUUUUCAUUACAACAUUAAUUUAAAAUGUUAAUAAUGAAAAGUCUUA